AUGGAUGAAGUCGGAGAAUCAGUAACAAUUUCUCAACCUAGAUCACGUUUAUUUCACUUUCGUAAUCCACUUCAUGCGAAAAUUGCCAAGACGAGUGCUUUAUGUUAUACAUGGAUUUGCUUGGGUUUAUACAGUGAAGUAUUGGGUCCAACUUUACCUACUCUUAUGCAUAAUACACAUUCUGAUUAUGAACACAUUGGUAUGGCAUUGUCGACGAGGGCAAUCGGCCUUCUCUUUGGUUCACUGCUUGGUGGAAUAUUAUCUGAUCGUUUCAAAAAUCUGCGUGCAGUUUUCAUUAUGCUAUCACUUUUAAUUGGUGCUAUCACUACUAUAAUUGUACCAUGGUGUCCAGACAUAGUUAGUUUAACAGCUGUACUGUUUAUAGCCGGCAUCUCACAUGGUUUUCUUACAACAAAUGGUAAUCCACUACUUGCUUCUGUUUGGAAAGAGAAAGCCGCCGGACCGUUUAGCCUAAUGCAUUCAGGCUAUGGUAUGGGAGCAGCUAUAGCUCCAUUGUUAGUGAAACCAUUUACACUUCCAUCAGUUGUAAGCAAUAAUUCACUUAUAAUGAAUACAACAAAACACGAUGACUCAAGAGAAUUGGUAAUUGUUGAUGCUGCAGUACCUUAUUCAAUAAUUUCUGGAAUUAUAUUCCUUUGUAUAGUGUACUUCUUUGUAAUCGUCUGUUUUGAUCAUCCAAGAUUUGGUAGGCAAGAGCAGAUGAAAUCUUCGAAAAGCAAAGACAAGAAGUUAUCAUCAAAUGACAAAAGCUUAGAGGAGAAGUCUUUGGAAUCACCUUCAAUCAACUGUUCAAAACUGGGUCGUAAAAUCAAAUCGUUUUGUAUUGAAAAGUAUCAUGGUGUCACGAAGACGAAAUUACUUGUCGUCUGUUGUACAUUUAUAACUUUUUUCACUACCGUUGGCAAUGAACGUGUUUUUGGUAAAUUUAUGUUCACUUAUGCUUUGUAUGGCCCAGUGAAGUUGUCUACUUCAGAUGGUUACUUAAUCAAUCUAAUCUAUUGGAUUUGCUUUUGUUCUGCACGCAUUAUUACCUUUCUCAUCGCCUUGUAUAUAUCAGAAAAUAUUGUAUUGAUUUCGUUAGCCUUUGGUACUUUGUUCAGCUCAAUCGGUUUGAUUGCAUUACCGCAUACCAAAUUCUGGUUUUUCUUAUGUACGACACUGUUCAGUUUAUUUAAGAGUCCCUUGUUUCCUGCCACUUUGGCAUGCAUUAAUCACUCAAGCGAAAUUUCGGGGUUUUUGGUUAUCAUCGUAAACUUCGGUAGUGCAUCUGGCGCUACAUUACUUCAAUACACUGCUGGUCACUUAAUUCAUCUACACGGUCAAUUUGUCUUUCCAUAUUUGGUAACAGGGACUGCUUGCCUACUUGUAAUCGCAGCCUGUGUCCUGAUAUUGGGCUUAAGGCACAUAGGAAGUAGGUUUAAACAUUCUGAUGACAAUCCCAUUGCAACUGACAACUCCAAUCAAGAGGAAAAUUCGGUUACGACACUUCCAAGAACAACGGCAGUCACAACAUCAUUGGCUAGUGAGAAGAAACAUACAGGAAUGAAUGAUGUCAACAGUGAAAAUGAUGGAUUAUGA